AUGGUGAGAGUGAGAAAGCGUACAUCCAAGAGAACUUCUACUCGUAUGAGAGAGGGUAUUAGAAAGAAGUCCUUCGCCUUACAUAGAAAAGAAAGAAAGAAUGCCAAGACUGAUCCUACUUGGAAAUCAAGAGGUAAGAAGGACCCAGGUAUCCCGUCCAAUUUUCCCUACAAGGCUCAAAUUCUAGAAGAAAUUGAAGCUAGAAAGUUGAAGGAUUUGGAAGAAAGAGAGCUAUUAAAGGAACAAAGAAGACUCGCUAGGCAAGAGGCUAAGAGAUUAGGUCAAGAUAAUAUGGUUCAAGAUGCAGGUCUACCAGAUGAUGAUGAAAAUGGACUAGCUGCAUUGGUUGAAUCUGCUCAACAUGCAGCUGCUGAAUACGAAAAUGGAUCUCGUCCAAAGAAGGGUUUGCAACAAGAUGCCCAAGAUUUGGAAGUAGUGGAUUAUGAUAUUGAUUUUUACAGUGAUAGUGAAGAAAACGAAUCUGAAUUAGAAAAAUCUAGAAAGGCUUACGAUAAGAUCUUCAAGUCAGUGGUUGAUGCCUCCGAUGUUAUCCUAUAUGUUCUUGAUGCAAGAGACCCAGAAGGUACUAGAUCUAGAAAAGUAGAACAAGCUGUUUUACAAAGUCAAGGUAAAAGAUUGAUUUUGAUUUUGAAUAAAGUUGAUUUGGUUCCUCCAUUUGUCUUAGAACAAUGGUUGAACGUUUUGAAAUCAAGUUUCCCAACGAUCCCAAUAAGAGCAUCUCCAGGUGCUACUAAUGGUACUUCUUUCAACAAGAAAUUAACACAAGCUGUGACGGCAAACGCUCUUUUAGAAGCUUUGAAAACUUAUUCUAACAACAGUAAUUUGAAAAGAUCCAUUGUUGUUGGUGUUAUCGGUUAUCCAAAUGUCGGUAAGUCAUCUGUUAUUAACGCUAUCACAUCUCGUCGUGGUGGUCACUCGAAGGCAUGUCCUGUGGGUAACCAAGCUGGUGUUACUACCUCAUUGAGAGAAGUGAAGAUUGAUAACAAAUUGAAGAUUUUAGAUUCACCAGGUAUUUGUUUCCCAAGUGAGCAUAAGAAGAAGAGCAAGACUGAACAUGAAGCAGAAUUGGCACUACUUAACGCCUUACCAUCCAAAUAUAUCGUUGAUCCAUACCCAGCUGUAUUGAUGCUGGUAAAAAGAUUAGCUAAGAACGAUGAAAUGACUGAAAGUUUCAAGAAAUUCUACGAAUUACCACCAAUCCCAGCCAAUGAUGCCGACACAUUUACAAAACAUUUCUUAAUUCAUGUAGCCCGUAAGAGAGGAAGAUUAAGUAAAGGUGGUAUUCCAAAUCUAACAAGUGCUGGUUUAUCCGUUUUAAAUGAUUGGAGAGACGGGAAGAUUCUUGGUUGGGUUUUGCCAAAUGCUUCCAAGGAAGGUUCUGGACAAGAAACAAAUAAUGCUUCAACAAUAAAUACAGGUAUAACGCAGGCUCCAGAUAAGCAAAAAGAACAAACAACAAUUGUCUCCGAAUGGUCCAAGGAAUUUGACCUUGAUGGUUUGUUUUCAUCUUUGGAUAAUGUCAUUGCAGCUUCUAAAGAUGAUGAAGUGGACAUGGAGUAG